AUGGCGACCGGAGUCAGCAUGCAUACACCCUGCCCGCCACAAGGUGUCGCUGGAGUGCAAUGGGACAAGGAUAUCCCAGCCGUCCAAACCCUCUCCCGAGCCCCUGACGACGCUGGGCCAACUGUACACAGCCCGGGAUCGAACCCGGUUCUCUAUGAGGAGCUGGCUCUCACUACAUCAGGUGGUCCUGAGGAGCUGGCUCUCACUACAUCAGGUGAUCCUGGGGAGCUGGCUCUCACUACAUCAGGUGAUCCUGGGGAGCUGCCUCUCACUACAUCAGGUGGUCCUGAGGAGCUGGAUCUCACUACAUCAGGUGAUCUUGGGGAGCUGGCUCUCACUACAUCAGGUGGUCCUGAGGAGCUGGCUCUCAUUACAACAGGUGAUCCUCAGGAGCUGGCUCUCACUAUAACAGGUGAUCCUGAGGAGCUGGCUCUCACUAUAACAGGUGAUCCUGAGGAGCUGGCUCUCACUAUAACAGGUGGUCCCGGGGAGCUGGCUCUCACUACAUCAGGUGGUCCUGAGGAGCUGGCUCUCAUUACAACAGGUGAUCCUCAGGAGCUGGCUCUCACUACAUCAGGUGGUCCUGAGGAGCUGGCUCUCACUACAUCAGGUGAUCCUGAGGAGCUGGCUCUCACUACAUCAGGUGAUCCUGGGGAGCUGGCUCUCAGUUUGGUAGGCUACCAUCAGAGGCAUCAGGGCUCAGUUUGGUAG